AGUCCAGACAGCUGUGUAGGCUGGCUAGGAUGGAGCGCAAGGCAUGCAUGGGAGGUGAGGACUAUGAAAAAGAGUUUACUCCCAAAGACUACCUGACCACCUACUAUAGCUUCGACUCUGGAACGGUGGCAGAACGGGAAAUCGUAAAGUUUAGCCUGCAGAACCUCCACCAGACCUUCUCUACAGGAGGUGUAGGGGGCGAUGUCCUGAUCGACGUUGGCUGUGGCCCAACCAUCUACCAGCUGCUUUCAGCAUGCGAGGUCUUCCGGGAGAUCAUUGCCACUGACUACACCCCGCAGAACCUGCAGGAGCUGCAGAAAUGGCUGAAGAAGGAGCCCGGAGCCUAUGACUGGUCCUCCAUAGUGCAGCAUGUGUGUGAGCUGGAGGGAGACAGAAGCAGGUGGCAGGAGAAGGAGGCCAAGCUCCGAAGGACAGUCACCCGUGUACUGAAGUGUGAUGUGACCCAGACACCCCCGCUGGGGUCAGCUCAGGUGCCUCUGGCUGACUGCGUGCUGACCUUUCUGGCCAUGGAGUGUGCCUGUCUUGACGUAGACACCUACCGGGCAGCCUUGCGCAGACUGGCUGGCCUGCUGAAGCCGGGAGGGCACCUGGUGACCUUGGUGACGCUGCGCUUCCAGCACUAUAUGGUGGGCCCCAAGAAGUUCUCUGGGGUCUACCUGGAGAAGGAGACGGUGGAGAAGGCUAUUCAAGAUGCCGGUUGCCAGGUGCUGAGGUGCAACUGUGUCUCCCUCAGCUACUCGGAAGCUUACUGCGUCAAUGACGGUUUAUGCUUCGUGGUUGCCCGGAAGGGUCCCAGUGCCUGAGGCCACCGGCUCUGGGAAGUUAUAGCGACCAUUGGUAAAGCCUCGCUCCACCGCUUUCUAACACUGACCUCCUUGCUUCCAUCUAUUACCGGUCACACUCACAAGGGAAAACCCAAGGUUCUCUCAUUUCAGCACCAAAAUCCAUCCCCUUAGCUCCUUUUGAACCCUGAUCAAAGCUCAUUAAAGUAAAGUGAUUUCUCUGGA